AUGAGCGCCGAUCCAACACCAUCUCCAUUCGACCCGAGCACUUUUCAGAACCUCGUAAACGACUUCUAUGUCAGCCGAAGGGCGCUAGGUAAGUUGAUUGAUACCCCUACCCCCCAUAAGAUCUCAAAUAGCAUACCCAUCUUCCAAGUCGCCUCCGCUGCCUGGGUGGUCUGUGAUUACGUGCUCACCCUCGAACAAGAGAUCAAAUUUGUGUGGGUGAGGUGCCAUGUCUUAAGAUCAGGCAUGCAGGUCUUUAACGUCGAUCAGCUGAAACCUUGGGGAGUGGCAAAGGCGCUCUUCUUAUGGACAAGAUAUGCCGGUCUCUCUAUCUUGCUGCUCUCCGUCGCAAGCAGCAUUGCGCCUGGGCCUGUACCACUAGUGUAUGCAAUAUGUGAAUUCAUAUAUUACUUCGGUGGAUGGGGCGGAAUGGUCACGAUGGCCACCGUAUCAACCAUCAUGGUGCUCCGCAUAUAUGCCAUGUAUGUUGGAAGUAAACGUGUUGCCAUUACUCUCGGUAUCCUACUCGUUCUUUACGUGGCCGCUGAGGGUUCCAUAUUUCAUUUUGCAUCUGACGCCCCCUGGCUCCCACCCGUGGAGUAUUUGUCACUUAACCUCAACCCAUGUUUCACGGGAACUUCCAUGCAACUCUCAAUGGGCCUGUGGAUCGCUAGAUUGGCAAUGGACUCAAUUUUGCUGGGUUUUGCGGGGUUCAAGUCGGUACAGCAAUAUAGACAAGGGUGGAGCUGCGGUAUCGUAGAAUUGCUCAUUCGAGACAAUAUACUUGCCUUUAUCUGCAUCCUUUGCGUGCAGGUCCUAAACCUAACAUUGGAAGCUGUCGCUAGGCCUCAGGCUACAUUGGCCGGCAUUGGAUUUGCAAUCGCAACAGACGUGCUAGUUGGCACUCGACUGCUGCUGCACACUCGAGAGGCUACAUCCUACACUGAUGACACCGACAGCAUCCAGCUUAGCGAGCUUGGCGCACGGCCAGCUAUUGUCCUCACCGACCUCAGCGAUAUAUCCGUGGCCGACCAUGUUGGCAACUUGCCAAGAUUGGAGCUCAUCUCAGAAGAAGCCGACGAAGACGCUCACGCGUAUGACGACUUCACACCAGUCGAGGAGAGCGGAACUGCGAAGGCUUUGCUAUUCAUGAAAGCUAACGAGCUUGUUUAAUGACUUCUCGUUCCUUUUCUCAUGGCACUCUACCCUGUACAGGAGCCAGAGCACCACGAGAUACUCGUAGAUAUGUAGCAUUCCAGUGAGAGCAC